CCUCCCUCCCUCCCUCCCUCCUUCCCAGUCUGGGCACUGGGGCCUGUGACCGCUUCGUUAGCGGAGAGGAGGCUGCCAGUCCGCUUUGGCGGGCCUGUGCCCCGCGCGUUUCUCGGGGCCUCCCUGCUGAGCCUGAGGCUCAUGCUGAGAGGGACACGCAGUGAGAGCGGCCGAAGCAGCUUUGCGACUUGUCCACAGACCAGCAUUUGGCAAUCACUAGAGUAGUCUAAUUACAUCCUUUUGCAAAUAAGGAAGCAGGACCAAAGUUUCACAGCUUCGACUCAGAGUUUGGACUAGAAUCCAGGCCUUGACAGGUUUUGUAGUGCAUCCCUGAGCAUGAGUGCAGAAUGAAGCGACGUUUGGAUGACCAGGAGUCACCGGUGUAUGCGGCCCAGCAGCGUCGGAUCCCUGGUAGCACAGAGGCUUUUCCUCACCAGCACCGGGUGCUUGCCCCUGCCCCUCCUGUGUAUGAAGCGGUGUCUGAGACCAUGCAGUCAGCCACAGGAAUUCAGUACUCUGUGACACCCAGUUACCAGGUUUCAGCCGUUCCACAGAGCUCCGGCAGUCAUGGGCCCACCAUAGCAGCAGUUCAUAGCAGCCAUCAUCACCCAACAGCUGUGCAGCCCCAUGGAGGCCAGGUGGUCCAGAGUCAUGCUCAUCCAGCUCCACCAGUUGCACCAGUGCAGGGACAGCAGCAGUUUCAGAGGCUCAAGGUGGAGGAUGCACUAUCCUAUCUUGACCAAGUGAAGCUGCAAUUUGGUAGUCAGCCUCAGGUCUACAAUGAUUUCCUUGACAUCAUGAAGGAAUUUAAAUCUCAGAGCAUCGACACUCCAGGAGUGAUUAGUCGUGUGUCCCAGCUGUUCAAAGGCCACCCUGACUUGAUCAUGGGCUUCAAUACCUUCUUGCCCCCUGGCUACAAGAUUGAGGUGCAAACCAAUGACAUGGUGAAUGUGACAACUCCUGGCCAGGUUCAUCAGAUUCCAACCCAUGGCAUCCAGCCCCAGCCUCAACCACCACCGCAACAUCCUUCCCAGCCUUCAGCCCAGUCAGCCCCAGCUCCUGCCCAGCCAGCUCCUCAGCCCCCACCUGCCAAAGUCAGCAAGCCUUCCCAACUGCAAGCACAUACUCCAGCCAGUCAGCAGACUCCCCCACUCCCACCAUAUGCGUCCCCACGUUCUCCACCUGUCCAGCCUCAUACACCAGUGACAAUCUCGUUGGGAACAGCCCCGCCCUUGCAGAACAAUCAACCUGUGGAGUUUAACCAUGCCAUCAACUAUGUCAAUAAGAUCAAGAACAGGUUCCAGGGCCAACCAGACAUCUACAAAGCGUUCCUGGAGAUUUUGCACACAUAUCAGAAAGAGCAGCGGAAUGCCAAGGAAGCUGGAGGAAACUACACUCCAGCAUUGACUGAGCAGGAGGUGUAUGCCCAGGUGGCUCGUCUUUUUAAAAAUCAGGAAGAUCUGUUGUCAGAGUUUGGGCAGUUCCUACCAGAUGCCAACAGCUCUGUGCUUUUAAGCAAAACAACUGCUGAGAAGGUCGAUUCUGUGAGAAAUGACCACGGAGGCACUGUGAAGAAACCGCAACUGAACAACAAGCCACAGAGGCCCAGCCAGAACGGCUGCCAGAUCCGCAGGCACUCUGGAACGGGAGCCACCCCUCCAGUGAAGAAGAAACCCAAACUGCUCAGCCUCAAGGAUUCUUCUAUGGCAGAUGCCAGCAAACAUGGUGUAGGAACGGAAUCAUUAUUUUUUGAUAAGGUCCGAAAGGCUCUGCGGAGUGCAGAGGCCUAUGAAAAUUUCCUGCGCUGUCUUGUUAUCUUUAACCAGGAGGUGAUCUCUCGGGCGGAGCUUGUGCAGUUAGUCUCUCCGUUCCUGGGGAAAUUCCCAGAAUUGUUUAAUUGGUUUAAAAACUUUCUGGGCUAUAAGGAGUCUGUACAUCUGGAAACCUUUCCAAAGGAACGAGCCACAGAGGGCAUUGCCAUGGAGAUAGAUUAUGCCUCUUGUAAACGGUUGGGCUCCAGCUAUCGAGCCCUACCAAAGAGUUACCAGCAGCCCAAGUGUACAGGACGGACUCCUCUCUGUAAAGAGGUUUUAAAUGAUACCUGGGUUUCCUUCCCCUCCUGGUCUGAGGACUCCACCUUUGUUAGUUCCAAGAAAACUCAGUAUGAAGAACAUAUCUAUCGUUGUGAAGAUGAACGUUUUGAGCUUGAUGUAGUUUUAGAGACCAAUCUGGCAACGAUCCGGGUUCUGGAAGCAAUACAGAAGAAGCUUUCCCGCCUGUCUGCUGAGGAACAAGCCAAAUUUCGCUUGGACAACACCCUCGGGGGCACAUCAGAAGUCAUCCAUCGAAAAGCCCUCCAAAGGAUAUAUGCUGAUAAAGCAGCUGACAUCAUUGAUGGUCUGAGGAAGAACCCCUCCAUUGCCGUCCCAAUUGUCCUUAAAAGGUUGAAGAUGAAAGAGGAAGAAUGGCGAGAAGCUCAGAGAGGCUUUAACAAGGUGUGGAGAGAGCAAAAUGAGAAAUACUACUUGAAAUCUCUGGACCACCAAGGCAUCAACUUUAAACAAAAUGACACCAAGGUGCUGAGGUCUAAGAGCUUACUCAACGAGAUUGAGAGUAUCUAUGAUGAGAGGCAAGAGCAGGCUACGGAAGAAAAUGCUGGUGUACCUGUUGGCCCACACCUCUCACUUGCCUAUGAAGACAAACAGAUUCUGGAAGAUGCUGCUGCUCUGAUUAUCCACCAUGUGAAGAGGCAGACAGGCAUUCAGAAGGAGGACAAAUAUAAAAUCAAGCAAAUCAUGCAUCAUUUUAUUCCAGAUCUGCUCUUUGCUCAGAGAGGUGAUCUCUCAGAUGUGGAGGAAGAGGAAGAAGAAGAGAUGGAUGUAGAUGAAGCCACAGGGGCGGCUAAGAAGCACAAUGGUGUUGGGGGCAGUCCCCCUAAGUCCAAGCUACUGUUUAGUAACACAGCAGCUCAGAAGUUAAGAGGGAUGGAUGAAGUAUACAACCUCUUCUAUGUUAAUAAUAACUGGUAUAUCUUUAUGCGACUGCACCAGAUACUCUGCUUGAGGCUGCUGCGGAUUUGUUCCCAAGCUGAACGGCAAAUUGAAGAAGAAAACCGAGAGAGAGAGUGGGAACGGGAAGUGUUGGGCAUAAAGCGAGACAAGAGUGACAGCCCCGCCAUCCAGCUACGUCUCAAAGAACCUAUGGAUGUUGAUGUAGAAGAUUAUUACCCAGCUUUCCUGGAUAUGGUGCGGAGCCUGCUGGAUGGCAACAUAGACUCUUCACAGUAUGAAGAUUCACUGAGAGAGAUGUUUACCAUUCAUGCCUACAUUGCCUUUACCAUGGACAAACUCAUCCAGAGCAUUGUCAGACAGCUGCAGCACAUCGUGAGUGAUGAGAUCUGUGUACAAGUGACUGACCUGUACCUGGCAGAAAACAAUAAUGGGGCCACUGGAGGCCAGCUGAACACGCAGACCUCAAGGAGCCUCCUGGAGUCAACAUAUCAGAGGAAGGCUGAGCAGCUCAUGUCAGAUGAGAAUUGCUUUAAGCUUAUGUUCAUUCAGAGCCAAGGCCAGGUUCAGUUGACCAUCGAGCUUUUGGACACGGAAGAGGAGAACUCGGAUGACCCUGUAGAAGCAGAGCGCUGGUCAGACUAUGUGGAGCGAUACAUGAAUUCUGAUACUACCUCUCCUGAGCUUCGUGAGCAUCUGGCACGGAAACCAGUAUUUCUCCCACGGAAUCUGCGGCGGAUCCGGAAGUGUCAGCGUGGUCGAGAACAGCAGGAAAAGGAAGGGAAGGAAGGGAACAGCAAGAAGACCAUGGAGAAUGCGGAUAGCCUGGAUAAGCUGGAGUGUAGAUUCAAGCUGAAUUCCUAUAAGAUGGUGUAUGUGAUCAAGUCAGAGGACUACAUGUAUCGGAGGACCGCCUUGCUCCGAGCUCAUCAGUCCCAUGAGCGGGUAAGCAAGCGGCUACAUCAGAGGUUCCAGGCCUGGGUAGAUAAAUGGACCAAGGAGCAUGUGCCCCGUGAAAUGGCAGCGGAGACCAGCAAGUGGCUCAUGGGCGAGGGGCUGGAGGGCCUGGUGCCCUGCACCACCACCUGUGACACAGAGACCCUGCACUUUGUGAGCAUUAACAAGUACCGUGUCAAAUAUGGCACAGUGUUCAAAGCCCCAUAACUGCAGAGCCAGAGCAGAUAACUUGAGGGGUGUGUGUGUGUUGGGGGGGGGGGCACGUGUACUCGCACACACCGAAGAAACAAGGAAGAUGCCUUUCAAGCCUCACUGGGCCUCUCUGGGACAUGGCCACCUGAUCUGUGUGUGGCUGGUGCAACCUGGCACCAAGUGGGCUACAUAUAAGGAACGUGGAUACCUUACAAAGCCGGAGCUGGAACUUUUCCCAGGGGUUUUGGGCAUUACCCUGCCCUGGAGGGGAAGAAAUCCAUGCAAGCACAGGGACAUGCAGUUUGCUUGCACACACCAGCAGAGCUAAGACUGGAGCCUCCUGGGGCCUGACCUUCAAUGAGGGAACCGGAUGCUGUUCACACCUUGAUUGGAAUGGGCGAGCAUUGACUGACAGACUGGGGAAGGACUCAAUGCUUAGAUGGAUUGUAACUCUGAUGGUCACUGCUCCUUUCCUCUUCCCCCCCAAAAGGAAAAAAAACUGGAUUGGAUUUUUUUUUCCUGGUCACUUGAGCACAUCUAGAUCACCCAUUAGAUUUUCUCUGGGACCUGCAGUUUGGCUUUGGGAUUGAUCAUCUUGUGGAUUUGAUUCCUGACGAAUCCCUUGCUGCCCACCCGUUAUUCUCUCCUCUGGUUCUCAACCUCAACAAGUUCAAAUCAGUCGUCCUUUUUAGCUCCCGUGGAACUGUUUUGUACCUGCUUCUUUACUAGUCUACCCUAGUGCCAUCCACCAGCUUUACUCACACACACACACACACACACACACACAGUUUUAACUUGGUUUUUCUUUUUUUUUUGUAAAUAAUGUACAUACUGUCAAUUUUUUAUUAAAAGAAAUAUGCUUUGAUGUGCUA